AUCGAGUGGCUAAUAACCCAUCACUGUUUCCGAAAUAGUCCAAAACCAUGAGAGGCCACAACUUCGUCGAAGCCCAUUAUCAUCCUUUCAAUGGCUAAAGCCACCACCACUCUGUUUGCUAUCUCCUCUGUUUCGACUCGUUUCUUGCUUCUCCGUCGUUCUAAAUCUCUUAAACCAUCAGCUCCAAGCGCAAGACUCGCGGUGCCAAUGGCUAUGGCCACCUCUGCUAAAAAGGUGGCUCCUGCUGUGAUCGUGGGUGGGGGAAGAGUCGGAAGGGCGUUGCAGGAAAUGGGUAACGGCGAGGAUUUGUUGGUGAAGAGAGGAGAAGCAGUCCCGGUUGAUUUCGAAGGACCCAUUUUGGUUUGUACUAGAAACGAUGAUCUCGAUGCUGUUCUUCAAGCUACCCCUCAGUCUAGAUGGAAAGAUUUGGUGUUUUUCCAAAAUGGAAUGAUGGAGCCGUGGUUUGAGAGCAAAGGUUUGGGUGAUAUAGACCAAGUGUUGGCUUAUUUUGCUGUGUCGAAGUUAGGUGAGCCUCCUGUGGAUGGAAUAACUGACACUAACCCAGAAGGUUUAACCGCUGCUUAUGGCAAAUGGGCUUCGGAUGUAGCUGCAAGACUUCAAUCUGGUGGCCUCUCUUGCAAGGUACUUGAGAAAGAAGCUUUUCAGAAGCAAAUGCUAGAGAAACUCAUAUGGAUUUGUGCGUUUAUGCUUGUUGGAGCUCGUCAUCCAGGUGCAAGUGUUGGCAUGGUGGAGAAAGAAUACAGAGACGAAGUGUCCAGACUCAUCCAAGAACUCGCAGCAGCUGCUGCUGCAGAAAAGGGACUAACGUUUGAAGACAACAUGGUGGAGAGACUAUGUGCUUAUUCUCGCGCUGUUGCUCAUUUCCCAACCGCUGUUAAAGAAUUUAAAUGGAGGAAUGGUUGGUUUUAUUCGCUAUCAGAGAAGGCAAUAGCAGAAGGGAAACCUGAUCCAUGUCAACUCCACACCCAAUGGUUGAGAGAGCUAAAAGUGAUAUAGAGCCUUGAGAGAGUUUGCGAUAUAUUAGUAGAUAGAUGAUUGGUCUGAAACUAGUUUGAGCUUUGUACACGUAUGAGAAGCCAAAUAACGGUAAAACGUUUGACACUUUGUUAAAAAAAAGGUCCAGACUUUUAUUAGUGAAAAGUCUGCGUAUUCAACGAUCAAAUGUCUGGUUCUUGUCCCAUCAGUUUAAAUUGAUAUAGAGCCUUGCGUUUUUUUUGCA